ACAGUAUGAGUAUUCCAGGUAGAGUUCGGUCGUCAUUGUUCCCACCUUCGACCAUUAUGGACCUCCACGAUUAAUCCUACCACCAGUAAGCGGACAUAUAUAAGUGCCAUGAGCCAGAGGACUUUUACAAUCGUACAACUAAUAGCAGCUAACACGUCCAGCAAUCAUGAAGGUCUCAAUAGUUUGUUUGGUCCUUAUGGCGGCCAUUGUCCUCGUGGCUGCUCGUCCAGACGAACCUGUAUAUACAACUAAAUUUGACAAUAUUAAUGUGGACGAAAUUCUGCAUAGUGAUCGUUUGUUGAACAAUUACUUCAAGUGUUUGAUGGAUGAAGGAAGAUGCACAGCAGAAGGAAAUGAACUCAAACGAGUCUUGCCUGACGCUCUGGCCACCGAUUGCAAAAAAUGCUCUGAGAAGCAACGAGACGUGAUCAAGAAAGUGAUCAAGUUCUUGGUCGAGAAUAAGCCAGAAUUGUGGGAUGCCCUUGCCAACAAAUACGACCCAGACAAGAAGUAUAGAGUCAAAUUCGAGGAAGAAGCGAAGAAGCUCGGCAUUAAUGUUUAAUUCAAUAAAUUGAGAAUCAUCAUUGAAGAUUCAUUUAUAAAAAUUAUUCAAAAUCUUGAUUAAUAUAUGUAGACGAUAUAAUAAGCAGUUGUAGUAAAUAUGAAAGAAGCGGAAAACAAUCUCGACGUGACAAUUAGUGUAAGUUUAUAACAGGAAUAAAAUCGUCUUUUGUGAAUU